AUGAGAUCCAACUUAAAUCCCCUUAACCGGGUUAGUUUGCAGUUACUUGUGUACAAAGUUUCAUCGUGCGAGGAAGUUACCUUCAACAACAAUCACAGUGAUCUUAAAAAAAAGAACAAGCGAAUCUCCAAGGGGAAGAAAGGAGGGAAGAAGAAGGCAGCUGACCCUUUUGCCAAGAAGGAUUGGUAUGCUAUCAAGGCACCUAGUCUCUUCAAUAUCCGGAAUGUCGGUAUGACCCUCAUCUCCAGAACUCAGGGAACCAAGAUUGCUUCUGAGGGACUCAAACAUCGAGUGUUCGAGGUUUCUUUAGCUGAUCUCCAGAAGGAUGAGGAGCAUUCUUACAGAAAAGUACGUCUGAGAGCAGAGGAUGUGCAAGGGAAGGAUGUGCUCACAAACUUGUGGGGAAUGGAUUUCACCACUGACAAGCUGAGGUCGUUGGUCCGAAAGUGGCAGACACUGAUUGAGGCUCAUGUGGAUGUAAAGACAACUGAUAAUUAUACCCUUAGGAUGUUCUGUAUUGCUUUUACCAAGAGACGCCCAAAUCAGGAACUGCGGAAAUGCUACAGAAGUAAAGCCCUUAGACAAGUUGCAGUUGCAGCCAUGGACUGCCAAAGUCUUGAUGUUGCAAAGGUAUAG